ACAGGUGAAGUGAACAUAACCCAGAACCAGUAGUAAGAGUGAGAGUUCAAAGAAAGAAAAGGUGAAGUAGAAGAGGCGGAGAUACAGAGAGUUUGUUUAACUGGCGCUGGAGGAUUUCUAGCUUCUAAGGGCUACAUCGUCCAUGGAACUGUUCGAGACCCAAAAGUGGAAGGCAAUUGGAAGCUGAGUUGUGAAAAAUUGCAAAACGUGGGAUGGUGAUACAUAACACUAGAAUAAAUCCUUGUUGACUCUGUUAACAGAUACCAAGAGAAGGUUAUUUUGACUCAAGGUUCUGCUUUCACUUUCCAGAAUAAGUGACAUCUCUAGGUGCUGCCUUGCUGAUGUAUCAAGCUGUAGGAUACAAUUUGUAGAGGUUGGAGUUAUUCCCCACUCACUCAUCUCAUGUCAUCUUAAUUGGUGAGGGACCACUUGUUUCUAUAGAGACUCCAUAUUAUAAAUGAGAGAUGAUUUGGAAAUAUUUCUGAAUAGAAGAGGAAAAGUAAGAGUAAAAGAGAUGGAAAAAAGAGUGUGUGUAACAGGUGCAGGAGGAUAUCUAGCUUCCUGGGUCGUCAAGUAUCUCCUCUCUAAGGGCUACAUAAUCCAUGGAACUGUUAGAGAUCCAAAUGAUGAGAAGUAUGCUCAUUUGAAGAAUCUGGAGAAUGCCUUGGAAAACCUGCAUCUCUUCAAGGCAGACUUGUUGGAUUACGACAGCCUCUGUGCUUCCAUGGCAGGAUGCAGGGGCGUCCUUCAUAUAGCGAGUCCAGUUCCUUCAGGUGCCGUAAUCAACCCCAAGGUAGAACUACUUGAGCCUGCUUUAACGGGUACAUGCAAUGUACUGAAGGCGUGUACUGAGGCAAAAGUAAAAAGGGUUGUGGUUGUUUCAUCUGUUUCUGCCGUUAUCUGGAACCCUAAUUGGCCAAAGGAUCAAUCUAUGGAUGAAUCGUGUUGGUCUGACAAGGAAUAUUGCAGAUCAAGUGAGAACUGGUAUAGCUUCUCCAAAACAGAAGCAGAAAGUGCGGCUUGGGAGUACUCAAAGAAAAAUGGGCUUGAUGUGGUAACAGUUUGUCCAUCACUUAUUUUUGGGCCACUGUUACAAUCUACUAUGAACGCUAGUAGCUCAGUUCUUGUCAAGUUAUUGAGAGAUGGCGUUGAGGAAAUCGAUAAUAAUGAAAGGAGGAUUGUAGAUGUGCGUGAUGUGGCUGAGGCAGUGUUACUGGCAUAUGAGAAGCCAGAAGCAGAAGGGAGAUAUUUAUGUUCGACUUAUACUGUCAAUACACAAGAGUUGAUUGAGAAGCUCAAAACCAUGUACCCUGAUUACAGUUACCCAAAGAAAAUUGCUGAAGUGAAGGAAUUGCCCCAGAGAAGUUGCGAAAAACUGCAGAAGUUGGGAUGGAAAUGCAUAACACUGGAAGAAAGCCUCGCUGACUCUGUCAAAUGCUACCAAGAGAUGGGAAUCUUGGAUUGAGGUACAAUCGAGUGUGUAGUGGAACAUGUUUCGCGGUGAAAGGGUUGCCUCUGUAAGCUCUCAACAAAACGAAUGUUUAUAACUUAUUAAUGUAAUAGUAGUUGGUGGGAUUCUUGUUUCCUGCGUGUAAUAGAAUAGAUGAUAUACCAUUUGGUGGGUAUAAUCGUUAGUAUCAAUAACAUACCAAAUUCUACCGUAAAAAAAAGAGAAGAAAAAGAAAA